UUCAGGCUUGUCAACGUCGGCGACUUAAUUGUAAGGUAGGGUUUUUCUACUUUUAAAUGCCGAUAUGUGGAAUAGAAAAUCCAAAUUAUCACUGUCUGAAAAAGACAGUAUUUGCCUGCGGCGUAACCCCCCAAAUGCCACGAUGGCAGGAAACAAACCAAAGAUACAGAAAAGUUUGGCAGUUCAAACACCGAAGAUGAAGGAACAUGCUGAGAAGAAGAAUGCCCUCGCCCAGCUGAGUGCGAUGUACCCAGCCAGCUCCUCCGGGGAAUCUUUAUCUGAGAUGUCCGAUGACAAUGGGGGUGACGAAGGACAGUGUGAUGAUAAAACGCCCAAGACUUGCCAAGCUUUGCAAGCUGACGUAUCAGGUAAAAUGAAGGAAAACAAGGAGAACGGCAAGAGUGAAGAUCAAAGUGAGCUGGAGGAGAAGGAAGUAGACAAUCAGAAAUAUAAUGGAUACUCCGUAGGAGGGCUGUUGUCACAGUUACGAUCAGAGGAUGCAGUGAAACAAAGGAAAUUCAAGAUUCAAAAUGUUAAGAGAAAUGCAAAAACAAAUAAUGACGUGCUUUCCCAACCUCCAAAAGAUGCGUUAGAAGAAAAAUCCUGCAGGAAAGAAGCAGAGGUAACAGAAGAUGAACACAGAUCAUGCAUGAGAGGUUUGGAGCGGCAACAGAUAAUAGUGAGUCCUUGGGUCCAGCUUAGCAAAGAUGUAAGCCUUCAAAAGACGGUCACUCUAAUUUACCAGAGACUUGUAAUAUCACCAAAACAGCAUACAAACCAUCAGAAUGCAAUCUGAAGCAAGCUGUUGUUGAAGUGCCACAUCCUAAAACCCAUUCUCAAGUAGCGCACAUGGUUGAAAAUGACCUCCACAGUCCAGUGGUGAAGAACAAGGUUGCUCAGAAGGACUCUCUUACUAUGAACAUAGGGCCUCCAAGUUUGAACUCAGCUGUUGAAACAGAAGGGACUGGGAGCGUGCCUUCAGAAGAAGUGCAGUAUGAGUGUGCAAGACAGGGAGUAGGGGCUCCGGUAAAUGAUUGGAAAGCAACAAAGAAAGCGUUUGAUCUCAUCGAGGACAGUAAAAUGUGCAGUACAGGGGAUGAAACAGUUAAAGUGGAAAAUGAUCAGCCACAAGAAAUGAAGGAUGAAAAGUCUGAUGAGAACUGUACAAUGCCUGAUGAUUCCAGUCACGACCUCUGUAGGAAUUUUGAACUCCAUCUCCAGGACAACAAACUACUGACCCUAGAAAUAGCCAUGGAAAAAGAUGGGCAGUGUGAGAGGGAUGAAUAUGUUGAUGAGUGUUCACAAGAAAGAGGUGCUGUUGAAGCUGAUAUAGGCAGAUGGCAUUCAUCACUCUUUCCUCAAUCCACAGAAUACACAUCAGAGAUGCCAAUGGAUGACCAAAACCCUGAGGGUGAGAGAGCAGAAGAGCCAGGCAGAGAUGGUGCUGAUGAAAGUACGGAGUGGAAUGAUGAAGCAUUACAAGGGUCUGAUUCCUCCUCCUUAGACUUGACCAGAGAGUGUCCUGCAGAAGAUGUCGUUCAUCUGUCAUCACUUGAGAAAUCCCAAAGGCUGUGCAUCCCUGACAAGGUGGACGAUUCCUGUCUUAAAAUGAACUUUGAUCCAGAACAGGAGGAGAGAUCACUGCACGAAGCAGGUGAUGACUUGAAAAUGAAAAUGCCUGGCAGUUCAGGCCUGGAAACAUAUCAAAGAGGAGAAGAGCUUGGAAUGCCAGAAGAAAAUUUGAGUGGAAACAGCUUUGACGGAGUGCCAACCUCAGAUGUGCAUCGUGAGGUAGAAGAACAGUUAUCCACAGAGAAUAGAGUCGAAUCUGAAGAAGCCUCUGCUCUCGUCCCAACAAGGAAACCCAUCUCCAGAGAAUGCAGUCUUCAACCUAACACUGCUUUGGACGUUUCUCAAGGCCCUGACUCUGCAGAUACUGAGCGUGGUGACUUGAGUUUGACUUCAGAUGGCAGUGAAAGUAUAAAUGAAGAGGCCACCACUCCCGUUUUUCAGGAAUCGGACCUAAGUAUGGACAGUUCAUUGAUGGGCUUGAGUGAUGCCCUAGAUCUAGAGUUUGGUUCCAACUCUCCUAUUCCCAUAAUGAUGAACGACCUCAACAUAAGAAUGGGUUCGAUUGGAAAUACCGACUAUGCAUUUAACAUGAAGGCAGAAGAGAGCAUCAAUCCUUCAUCGAUGGACACAUGUGAUGACGUUGAACGAGACGUUAACAAGGAUCCAAACUUAUCAGUAGAUGAUCACAGCAUCAGACUUUCCAGAUCUGCAUCACCUUUUGCAGAAGGUAAUGAAUCGGCAGAAGUACCUACCAGUGAUCAUAUACAAGGGGUGUUCACUUUUAAAGAGAAAGAAGCGUUAGCUGAAGAUUUCAACCACCCAUCUUCUGAGCUUCCUAGAGAAGGUGAUGAGGGACGAGUUGAAGUGAUAGAUCAGGGUGAAACCGUGGUAUCGGAGUUUGACAUGCUCAUCAGUCAUGAGACACACCAGGGUGUAGAUGAGGGUACUCGGCAAGAAACAUUCCUGAAUGAUUUAGUAUCGGACCAGGAUAGUGGGGCGUUGGCAAUAAAUGCAGAAGAAGAGCCUCUGUCGACAUCCCACCCUGCUGAAGAGUUGACUGAGAAUGAUGAUGCCUUGUCCCUUGUUUGUGAUGCUGAGGAACUGAUGAGGAAUCUGGAUGAUCUUCUGCAGGAUGAAGGUCUCCAGUUGAGCGAGCAAAGCCAAGAAACAGACGAGACCUUGUCCGUGGGUGAGAGCAGUAAGUCCACAUCUACCAAAGAUGUGAUUGUUACCGAUGCUCCCAGGUCACGCAGGUCAAGCUAUAGAGAACCCUCUCCUCAGAGGUCAAGGGUCAGGGGUGAGGAUAGAACCCCUGGGGAAUCUAAACAAGGGUAUAACGUAUCGGUCCAUUCACGGAAUGGAAACACAAGAUUUGUUUAUAAAAACCAAGAUUCUCAUAGGGCGGUUGUAGAGAGGAGUCCCAAACGAGUCACAGGUCCUAACAGGAAUUGGUCGGCCAACAAACCGUUGAGUGCUUCAGAACGGUUAGCCUUACACCAACGUCUGGGUGCUCAGAAUGCUGCCAACGCAUCACCAAACUUAGCCCUUCACCAAUUGAUGAGGAACGGUCCAGCUAUUCAGCAUUCUGGCCUCCUACAGCACCAGCUACAGCAGCAGCAACAAGAGCUUCAGAGACAGCUUCAGAACCAGCUCCCUCCAGCGCUCCAACUCCGCCUUGGCUUGAUCAAAAAUAAUACAGGACUACAGCAAAUGCAGAACACAUCUGAUGACAUAGCCCUCAUCUGCCAGCGUCAACAGGUGAUGGUCGAAAAGAUCCUCCAGCUCUACCAGAAACAGCGAGAGAGCGAUGACCUCAUGGAGAAGCAGAGGGAUAUCAUCCGACAUUACCAACGAGCCUUCCUCAUCGCUAGGAAAGGAGGACCUCUCUCAAUGCGGGAAGCGCCUCAAGAGGGCAACUUGCGCCCAUGCACCUCACCUAGGCCUAUGUCUCCCUCACCAAGUGCCAACUCAGAACUUGAUAGACAAAUUGGAAGGAAGUGGCCCUUGAGUGACCAUAGAGAGGAGCGGGUAUACAAAGAACAUCCGGAAGCUAAGAGGAUGAAGCGCUAUCCUGGAAACCUGGAUAUGAAUGACCAUUCAGUAGACAGGUUCUCAGGUUAUCCAGAUGAGGAACAUCCACAGAGACAUGUUGAGCACAGAAUCAUGACAUCUAGAGGAAAUCCUGUAAUGAGGUCUGGUCCUGGCUCAGGAUCUGAUUUCCUGGAGGGAAGGCAACCUGGAAACCCGAGAUUCCAGAGCGAAGAACAGCUACUGAUAUCAAUACCCACCAACCAUCCAGAAGAUGAGAUAUACCAAGAGAGAAAGUGCAUCCUCCAGAGGUCUUCACCAAUAUUUCCUGGCACAAGGAAUCAUCCAAAUCAUCCGCAUCCUCAGUGUGAUGAUGAAGCGUUUCAACCGAUCCAGGACAGCCGUCAGGAGGUGAGAGUUUGCCGUCCCAGAGCUCUAUUUCUUACAAGAGAUGUACCGAGGGAAGCAAGUCCAUUGACUGGUGCCGAGGAGUAUGGCGACUUCAACUUGGAUGCAAGGAGUCCACGUGAGCUUCAAAGAGGAUUUCCACAUCAAGGGCCGUGUGGCCAUCCUGGACACACAUGCCAGGAGAAGCGCACUUCUCCUGAGAUAUCCUGCCAAGGUAGAAGGACUCCAUCACCCCUUCAGUCAAACUGGGAGUCUUGUAGGAUCACAGAAAGAGAUCAAAGAACAGGGAUGAUCAUUGAUUACUACCAUACAUCCUCGAACAAGGAUCAUCCACAGGUAGGAAGACAAGAUACGCAGGAGACACAUGAACCUCCUCCAUUCACUGAUCCAGGUAGACAGGGUUGUCCGUCUCCUCUGGACGAACAUCCGCUUGCAUCAAGGGUCUGUUUCCCUGAUGUGAGCCAAGGGCCUUGCAGAGGACCAAUGUACCCUAAUAGAUUCAACAGCCAAGGUGUUUUCAGGGCACCUUUGAGACUUCCUUUAGUUGAUAACGCUUGCAGAGCUGGGCUACGCCCUCCUGCUGUUGGUGUCCAAGGUAAUUGGAGAGCACCAAUGGGCCCUUCUUUAUUCAGCAGUCGAGCUCCUGGCAGAGCACCUAUACACCCUUCUGCUGUCGGCCGCCAAGGUGCUUGCAGAGCACCAAUACACACUUCUGUUGUCAGCCGCCGAGGUGCUUACAGAGCACCAAUGCAUUCUUCUGGAGUUUCCAUCUCCCACCAUUUAGUGGCCCAAAACUUUGAAGGUGUCCUUUCAAGAAUACCUCACACUCCAGGACCCGGGCUGCUGGAAUCACAGAUGCAAUCCAGGGUCGAGUAUAGGCAGGAACAUGAUUUUCGUAUGGAUGGACAGUUUGGAGCUAGGGAUAUUGAAAAUGGAUUUGAUUGUUGUUAGUGGGGCCAUGAUUUUCAUGGUUAAUCUUGGGAUGAAUUGAGAAGCUGGAAAACAAGAUCUGCUUCCUAGUUAUUUUCCCAACAUUGACUUGUUGAUUCCAGUGAUAUGUAGUUGAAUUAACAAGUUUCAUAAGAGUUUGCAUCAAGAUCAACAUAGACAUGUAUGAAAGAUUCCAAAGCCAUUUAAACAGCCUUUCUUUUCAGUGGAAAUUGAUUAAGAUGUGGCAAUUUUGAGGGAGAAUGAGAGUUUUUAAACAUCGUGUAACAACAUUAAUUUAGUUUACUCCCUAGCAUAAAAAAGAAAAGACAAAAUGUUGUUGUCUGUUAUGUGCAAUUGAUUUUGCUUUAUGUAUUUGUGUAGGAAGGCAGAAAGGGACUGCAUAAAUUCAAACCCCCGAUUUGUAUUCAUAAAGGUCGAAAUGUACCAGUUCUUUUAAUGGUUAGGUACUUUGUGUUUUUUUGUAUUAAUGUUCAUUUCUUUAAAAACACUUAGCAAGAAAUAGUGUUACGUUUUGCUCAAAAGUACAGGAUCAUUGUCUUCCCAACAAUAUUUUGAAACUGAUGAGGGUUAUCAUCAAAUGAAUUAUUACAUAUAUGGGAUUUAGCAGCAUGAAUCAUAAGUUUUUGGUGGAGGAUUCCAUUAAGAUAAUUUGUCUCGUUACACAUAUAAUUCUUAAUAUUUCUUUAAUGAGUUAAUUGUGCAGAACCUUUUUUUUAAUUGUACAUGUAACAUCAAAAUAACUUUUAAAAUAUUACUAUUUCCCUUUCUUUUUCCCCCAAAGUUAUUUCUGAGUGAUCUAACAAAGGUUUCACCUGACUACUAAGAAAGCAUGUGUAUGCUUGUAAGUAUAAGCCAACCAAUUGUGAAGUUGAACAUUUCCAUUUUUGACAGACAUGGCGCAUUAUAAAUGUUCACUAUUUUUAUUAUUAUAUUUUCAUAAAUCGUCAAAGGAAUUGAUUAUUAAUUUAAUGGUAUUUUUAGGAAUGCAACUCCUAGCAUGAAAUGACAUGCU